AUGGCGGAAGAGGCGAUAAAGUCGGGCUCAGCUCCAUCGCAAGCGGAUGCUACAGCAACGACCGAAUCCAACACCCGCCGGCCAUCUAACGACGCAGCUCCUAGUCCUCCCCUCGAGCGACGCAUCUCGUCUUCGCAGCAACCCCUUCGUCACGGCAGGAAACCCAUCUACCCGGACAGCGAUGCAGAAGCCGAGGGUCUCGAUGCCGACGUAGACGACGAAGAGCUCGAGACCGGUCUUGCUCCCGGUCAGGGUGACCACGAGCGAAGCUCGCUCUUGGGCGGCGCUUCCACACGUAUUGGCCACGGUGCCGGUGCGAUUGGUCCCCUUGAUCGUGCCUGGCUCAACAUCUCCAAGCUCUGGGGCGGCGACAAGGCCUAUUCUGCCAAGUUGUUGCGUCGUCGCAAGCAACGAAGGACCACCGCUGCCGCAUCCGCAUCGCGCAGAAACUCGAGAUCCAUCCACACCUCCUCUGCCGCUUCCUUCGCUGCCUGGAGGCAGGAGCAUCCCUUUAUCAUGCGCUCACUCUACACAGUUGCUGCUCUUCUCCUUAUUGUGCUGGCCCUCAUCGUGGUCGCCGUAUCGCAUCUCUAUCUGGCAACGCUCAAAUCGCCUUCACCAGAGGCCCAGUCACGUAUCCUGGACGAGUCACUCUUGCUCAAAGGGCCUGAUCGUGUGCAGCUGCUCAACAUUUCAGAUGACGGCAUUCUUGUCCGCGUAGAUGCUCGUCUUGGCCUCGAUCCCGAUCAUGCGCUCGACCUCUGGCUCGGACCGCGCGGCAAACAAGGCUGGUGGAAGAACAAGGAGCGCAAGCUUGUCGAAUGGGCCGUUGGCAAAGUCGCUGGUGUCCAAGUUGACGUUGGCGAGGUCCGUCUAGCAGAGAUUGGCGCCGCUUGGGAGCAAAACUUGCUGCCACCUGCCAGCUUGUCCAAUGUCGAAUUCGAUCCUCGCGACAUGCUCGGAUUCCAUCUCGACCCUCUCGUUUUGCCCUUGCCUCCCUUGAAUCGCAAGAUCGACGGUGGUGACAAGGACAGCAAGGAUGCCCUACGACCGCCCAUUCUGGGUAACCACAGCACACCAGCAGCGCAGCACAACAUGAGCCCCCUCAAUCUCACUGUGCUGCUCAAGCCUGUGGUACCUGCUCCUUACAUUAUGGACUAUGCGCAGCACGCAAUCAAGAAGGGCUUUGCGCAGCUCGACGUCAAGGUCGCAAGCUUGCGCGUUCGUGGUCUAGCCAAAUCCGAGAUUCGCGGCAUCAACCACGGCCGCAAGGCUGGCUUCUUUGAUGUUCCGCGUCGCAUCGACAUUGCACAGCAGCGUAUUCGAAGUCCAGUGCGCGAAAAGGUGCCCAAGCUGGACGACGACACCAACCCCGAUGACCUGCUCAAAGUGGAUGGAUACGAGUUCUUCGAGAUCGGCGACGAUGACGACGGAGGUGAUGAUGAUGACGACGACAACGGCAGCAUCUGGUCGUCAAUGGUGGCGCGUGCCCUUGGCAUCAAGGCCAAGGCACUUGUCAAGAAUCCUCUGGGCAAAGUGUUGCAGGGUAACGUGCGAUACAGCCUGCCUUUCGGUAUCUAUCUUCCCGUCGAUGACUCGUCAGCGCCUGCGCCCAAGCAUCCCAAGGGCGGCACGAGUCGUGCGAAGGAGAGCAGCCCAGCAAACGACACCGACGCUGCGGUCUUGAUGGCGGCUGUUGCAACAGAGCCGUUCCAACUUACGGGGCAGAAGGUGGUCGAGGUCGAACUGCUCGGCCGCGUCGUACCGCCUGCGCAGGACGAGGAGAUGCAAGCCAUCCAGCUCAAGGGUGGCGAGUACGUCGAUGCAGAUGAGCAAGCCUCACAGAAGGGGCUCGCCCUCAGCUCCAAAUUGACCGACUCGCCGCAACAGGUGGCACUGAGCAACUUCCUGAGCCGCUUCCUGCGCGGCGAGAACAACACGGUUUAUGUACGAGGCGGAUCGCCCUUCCGCGAUGCCAAAGACUCCGAGUCUUCUGUCAGCACGAAAGCGCUCGACGAGAUGCCAGGCGAUGGCUCGAAGCUGCCCGACUGGAUCGACUCUGCGCUCCGUCUGGUCGACCUGCCAAUCUCGUUUCCAGGAGCAAAGGUUACGGAGCUGAUCAAGAACGUGACGAUCAACGAUCUCAAGAUCACGCCGCAUCCGUUUGAGAAGGACAAGCUGUUGUGCAGCGGCACGGUGAUGGGCGAGAUCAACAUGCCCGGCCAGCUGAGCAGCAUCGAUGUCAAGAUCACGCACAUGUGGCCCGACAUUUUGGUGUACGAUGGUCUGCCACCCAGCAUGCGGAAGAACGUCGAGGUGGGAGCAGUGGAUUCGAUGAGUCGAUUUGAUCUGGUCGACGGUGCUCUGCGCAGUCUCAAGAGGCUUGCUUUCCUCGGUAGUUCCGCAGGCGACGAGCAAGAUGAGCCCCUGACUUCGAAGGACGAUCCCAAGAAGCCAGAGCCCGAACCUGCGCCGCCUCUUCCGGAUCCGCUGCCAGAGAAAGCGUUUGGACGAGUACGACCAUACGACUUUGCGCCCGCCGAGACGUUCAUCGACCCCACGGAUCCCAAGGGCGAACGUAAGCUGCUGCGCGCCGUGCUGAAGGACGUACCUUUCACCGUGUUGCCUGGGCGUGGCGCCAUCUUCAGAUCGUUCACCUGGAAACUCGUCACGGGUCAAGGAGCGCUGGUGGGUAUCGAAGGAAGCAGCCGCGCCAAGAUCUGGAACUCGGGUCUUGGUGCGCUGCAAUUGCGCAACCUGCCCGUGAAGGGGGCUUUCAUGCUUGGCAAGCGUGAUUGA